AUGCCUAGCCAUACUGUGCCUAGCGGUAUGAUCAAGCUUUUUCUUGACGGCGCUCCUUGGGACUGGCCUGUCUGGCGAGAGCUAACAAGGCUUCCUCAUGGGCUCUUCCCCGAAGACGAUGCGCUUCUGCCGAACGGGUGGACCCGGUCCAACGUCAACGACAUCCUAUCCUACUUCAACCAGUAUUCCGAAAAGAAGAAGGAGCAAGAGAAGAUUGCUUUCGCAGCUGGGCGUAAGUGCGCUCCUCUUCCAGGGCGGGUUCUUUGGCGGGAGUGGAUCAAUAGGCACUGGCGCGCAUGGCGCAUCCACGCUAGGAUUUCCGAGGUCUUGACGGCGAUGAACCUCCAUCCUGCCUGCCUGCUUCAGCACGCGCAGGAGUUCGGUGGGGACCAGAUACCAAACAGCGACAGCUACAUCCCACUCGCACUCGAUGCCGUCGCCCUCCUUCUAUUUGGCGAAGACUGCCUGGACCGUAGCGGUCGUGUGGCUUUCAAAUAUCGGAGCUCCAUCACAAUUUUCAUGCAAAGGACCUGGAUAAACUCGGCCUCCCAAAUUCGCAAGAACCGAGGGAACCUUGAGGACCUCGAGAAGACUGCAACCAAAGCGUUCCAGGAGUUGGAUCGCGAAAGUCCUACAAAGCCCAAGGUCAAAUCAGUUAUUUCGACCAUCGGACGCUGGAAGCGUUUGGCGAAGCUCUUCAGCCAUGAAGAAAAUCUCCAUACCAUUGACAGCAUGGAUAAGGAGCUGAACGCCCUGCUCCGGACGCUCUCCGUGCGCUUGAAUGCGGCCAGGACAGGCCCAAAGAAGUCAGUCGAUCUCAAUCAAGACUCCCUCUCAUCUCUGGAAGACGUUGAGGAGAUGCAGAAUUUCUAUUAUGAGUGUCUGGUCCAAGAAACUGACAAUGGGGACUCCGUGAUCAGCAAGGAGCCCCCCCUCACUUUCUCCUUUGCCAACCGCGUCGAAGACUCCGACCCCGGCGUCGAAGUUGAAGCAAAAAUGACCCCUGAGGAGCUCUAUCGAAACCUCGGCUUCAAGGACGGCCGUCCUCUCGCGUUCAACUCCCACUUUCCCUCUGAUGAUGGAGGCGGUGGUUCUUCUGUUCCCAUCCAACUCUUUUGGCACCAGGUUGCCGGCGUUCACUCCGUCUUCCGCACCAACUUCAAGGCGGAAGCCUCUCCCGACAGGCCUGGAAUGCUGAUUGCGGAUGAGGUAGGACUCGGCAAGACCUUCCUCGCCGCCAUGGCCAUCGCGGUCUUGAGCCAAAUCAUCUUCGCUCAAAGUCACAAGCUACCCCUACCUCCGCUAUUCACGGCAGCGCCGUAUCUCGGGGCUUCGAAUCAUCUACCCGACCUCCCCCACCUCGUCAUCGUACCCACUACCCUGAUGGAUCAGUGGCAGACUGAGUUGCGAAAGGUCUACAAGCCCAGCGCUUUUGAUAUAUUUCUAUACCAGGCUGGCAAGGCGGAUCACGACGCCUUCUGGGCACCAGAUUCACCCUUCUCAACGUCUCGCCAACCGGAGAGCAAUAAGAUAAUAAUUGCCUCCCAUUCAGGCCUACAACAAGACUUCAACAGCCUGUACUUCUAUGAAAAGCCCAGCACCUCCGAUUCUGACCCAGAUUCUUCCCUACCUUGGGAUAACCCAGCUAGACUGCCCACGUUUGAUAGGGACGUGGUGAGAACGCUCUUCGGGAGGUUGUAUCUGUCUAUAACUCUCGACGAGGCCCACAAUUAUCGCAACUCUGGUCAAAGGCAUGCUUCCGCACUUACAAUACUAGCCCUAGCUUGCCUGCGCCUUAUUCUCACAGCGACGCCUCUCCAGACCACACCUGGGGACCUGGCAUACAUGGCUCGCCUUGCUGGUAUCGGGCAUUUUUUUAACAAGGCGGCCCAGAUUGAAGAGAGGAACGACUUAGCGGACUUUCGACGGGCUAAGAAAGAGGCGGGCGAGGACUACGACCCGCUCAAUGACUCCGACGAGGACCCCGUUAGGAGGGCUCAUGUAGCCGCGGCUCAGCGUAUGCAGGCCCAGUUCGAAGGUCGAGUACUGCGCCGUACGGCAGACAGCCUCGAUUGGCAAGGGAGGACCCUUCUCAAUUUGCCUCCCUACCACACCCACUUUGUGAUGCUUGACUUAACGCCGCGUGAGCUCGACUGCAUUGAGGAGCUCGCAGAUGAGGCCAAGGAGAAAGCCUCAAGCGCAAAUGGUUCCAGGGUGAUAAGAUCAGAAAACUUCUACCUGAAUUACCGUAUGGGUGUAGGCUAUGCCGUAUCGAAGGGGGAGGCUACGCCGAAGUUCCGCACUCUCGAGGAGUGGGAGGCAGCCAAGUCCACGAAGUUCGACAUGUGCGCGAGGAUCAUUCAGCAUCUCCUCGCACGCGACAAUGCUCCACCCAUAGUGUUCGAAAAUGGUGGAGCUACCUUUCCGCCCACGCCACCGCUCCCACCUGGGCAGGCCCCCUCCCAAACGACGAAGAUCCUGAUCUACCAGGAAUUCCCCUCCUUGGGGCCUGUUCUUCGAAAUUGUUUCGACCUCUAUGGCAUCAAACACCUUCAUAUAGAUGGCCAGACCAAAAUUAAGAGCCGCAACGCCGUCGUUAAGAAGUUCCGAGAAGACCCCUCCGAGCGCGUCCUCAUCUUCUCAAUGGUGGGAUCGACAGGACUGAAUCUGUCCUGUGCGAAGGUCAUCGUGUUUCUUGACCAACCCUGGAGUGCUCAAGACGAGAGGCAGAUCCGAGGUCGUGCCCAUCGGCAUCCUCAGACUAAGGAGGUCGACCUCUACAUGCUUCUCGCGAACGAGACGGCUGAUGUUCUCAUUGCGGGCAUGGCGCGCGGCAAGGGUGACGCACUCGAGGCCUUCCUCGCGAAAGAAGAUUUCAUCUCCAAGCCAAGAGGACAAGACAUGUACGAGCUCCUCAGUGGGCACACGCUGGGGGACCCUGAAGAGGACGAAGGGGAUAUGGAAGAUGCGCCCGAGCCCAAACCAAAGAAGGCCCGAAAGAAACGGCUUACGAAGGGGCGGAAAGGAAAAGGCAAGGCCCCCACUGAGGAGGGCGCCGUGGACACGGAUGGGCCAACGUUGACUGCUGGGGACCCCACCGGGUCUUCCACCGACAUCUCGAUGUACACACACUCGAACGCAUCUAUGAGCUCCCUCACAAGCGGAGACGAUGUCCAGAGCUAUGCUCCUCUACAACCCGCAUCGCCUAUCACCAGCUUCCCUGUCACACCUGAGGGCGCGUUUUCAACCGGACGCAGGCCUAUGAAUGGCGCCCGCUAUGCUACUUCAAGAAGUAUAGGAACAUCCGAAACCGAAAGCCCAACCCGUAAACGUCCUCGACAGCCAUCGCCAGACAUUUUCGACCCACAGAGUAUGCCAGAACAGCCCAACCCACCUUCGCUCAAUCUUCAGGUUGGGACUGGUCCUCUCGCAUCGGGCCCCCGUUCUGUAGCACCAACUCCACAGCGUCCGCUCAAGGUGGCGCGCAUGGGCCCGACAGGAUCGCCUCAGAAGGCGUCGACCCCCAGCAAGACGCCGGAGGCAAGGCGGCAAUUCCUUGCGAGCCCCAAGUCUGCGGGGCCGUCGACUCAGCCAAGGAGCACUGAGCCAAGGCCCACUCCUGCUCCUUCGAAGCCCAUUUCUCCUGCACCCGUUCCUUGGAAAUCCAUGCCUUCGAAGCCUGCCACGCCCAGACCUACUCCUGCUCCUUCCAAGCCCGCUCCGUCUAGGCCGACUCUUAUUCCUUCGAAGCCCGCUCCGUCGAGGCCAACUGCUGCUCCUCCAAAGCCGACUCCUUCAGAGCCCGUUCCAUCCAAGCCCGCCCCCCCUGUAGGAACUGGACCUCCGAAACACCGCCCGGCAAGCCACUCCAUCAAGCCCAGAAGCGUAGCAACUUCACCCGGAGGCCCAGAUACCCCUACACCCUCCGCAGUCGGUGGAGGCUCUUCAGCACCAACGCAGCCUCUGUCUGCGGCGGUAGCUAGCCCGUCCACUCAUCGCCAGCCUUCCUCAUUCCUCAGCCAACCGAGGCGCGAUAUGUCACCACCACCUAGGCAAGCGCCGUCCGCCUCGAAAAAAUCACUAGCCCAGGGCCAAGCGGCUCUCCAGUUGAAGAAAAAGAAGCAGAAUGGACGCUAG